AUUUAUUGUAAUGGUGGGGUAUAACCAAAUCCUGGCUGCUGAAUAGUAUGAUCAUCGGUUUUUUUUCCCCCUUCCCCAUUUAUGAUUUCUUGUCUUUUUUUUCCCUCCUCAAAUUUAUUGGUUCUUGUCUUAAUCAGUGUUUUUCUUUGCUUUUAUAGUGUCAUCAUUCUAAGUUAUUAUUUGUGGUCGGAAAAUUUUUUUGUUAGUUUAAGGGGUUAGCUUGAUGAUCUGGGUUCUAAUUGUUUACCACCUUAAGGUGAAGUUUGCUAUUUUGUUUGGGUUUGCAUUUGUUAAAGUUUUAAUCUUGUUGGGUUUUCAUUAGAGUUAAAAAUAACGUUUUUUUUUUCUUUACAUAGCCAGUGAAUUGCUUGACAUGAAAGCGUGUUGCAUUAUCAAUUGAAUUAUGACUGUAGUUAUGUUAUAUUGAAAGUGACUUUUUUGAUUUUUCUGGGUCUGUUUUUCUGGUUAUAAUUGAAUAUUUUAUAAUAUAUAUAAAAAAAUGCUUUUGCCAAUUUUCUAGCAGAGGAAUUUUGGACGUCUGAGAAGAGGACCAUAGAGAAUUUUCUUUUUCCUUUUUAUCUAUUUUUUGCAAGUUGAGGUUUAAUUUAUAUGUCUGAGAAACAUGUUUUUCUCUGUUUGGUGCCUAGCAUGAAUCUUCCUUGUGCUUGGCAUCAAAUAAGCCGACUUUAGUCCUUUGUUGUAAUUGUCUGUUAUAACUCUAUAUAUUAAUCUUACAGAACUGUGAAUAUCAGACAAUUUAGCCUCCUGUUCUUGCUUCCAUUUUCAAGGUCCACAACCUGUUCCUUGGAAGCUGCUUAUAUCUACUCUCAGUUUUUUUUUUCUUUUUUUGAUAAAAGAUUAUGAAAACUAGGAGGGGAAGGCGUUCUGAGGCCUUUUGGCCAUCCAUUGUGAUGAAGAAAUGGUUGAAUAUAAAGCCAAAAGUGUAUGAUUUUAGUGAAGAUGAGGUCGACACCGAAACCGAGAGUGAAGAUGAUGCUUGCUCUAUUAAAGACUCGAGAUUGGACGAUGAUGAGGAUCAUACCCAUAGGACACCAGGAAAGCAAUCUGACUGCAGAAGCCGAAUUUCAGAUUCACCUAGUAAGGGUUAUCGAUUCAGACACAGGCGGGGGAAAUCAGAAACUCUGCGUGCACAAUACAUCAAUAUAAAGGAUGUGAGGUUGAGAAUAUGCACUUGGAAUGUUGCUGGACGACUUCCAUUCGAGGAUCUCAAGAUUGAUGAUUGGCUUUGCACCGAAGAGCUAGCAGAUAUUUACAUUAUUGGCUUCCAAGAGGUAGUCCCUUUGAAUGCCGGAAAUGUAUUCGGAGCCGAGGAUAACAGACCGAUUCCUAAAUGGGAGGCAAUCAUUCGAAGGACUCUGAACAAAUCUUCGGAACCUGAAAGCAAGCACAAAUGCUAUAGUGCCCCACCUUCUCCUGUGUUAAGGACUUCUUCGGUUGCAGAUGUAUUAGCAGAUGAAAUAGAUGCCACACCGUUGGGAAUUAUGCGUGAUCUGGAGACUGCUAAUGGCUAUGAAUUAGAAGAAAAAGAGUUGAAGAAAGUUUCUGACAUUGGACAAAAUUUAAAUAUGAAGAGAAUAUAUGGAGUCGAUUUUGACACUAGGUUAGACUGGCCAGAACACUCGUUAGAUGCAACCCCACAAGUUGUCUCUUCACAUUCGAAAUUGCGGAGAGUACUAAGCAGCUCAGCUAGAAUUGGCUUUACUCUGGCAGAUAACUCCAUCCUUUGUAGUCCGCAUCAUGCGUUGUUAACAGGAAGAAGAUUGAAAAGAUCACACUUUAGCUCCGGAAACCUAGAGUCAAUCGUGCAUGAGGAACCAAAGCUAGAGGUUGGUGAUUCUUUCUCCGAGAUAUCUGACGAGUUUCCUGAAGAGGAGGAUGAUACUUUCUUAGAAGUACCAGUGGAGCAACAAGACAAUGAUGGGGCAACGUCACGUCCAAAGUACGUAAGGAUAGUUAGCAAACAGAUGGUUGGAAUAUACAUAUCGAUAUGGGUACGAAAGAGGCUGAGGAGACAUAUAAACAAUUUGGAAGUCUCUCCCGUUGGAAUUGGUCUUAUGGGCUACAUGGGAAACAAGGGAUCAGUUUCUGUUAGCAUGACACUUUUUCAGUCCAGGCUGUGCUUUGUGUGUUCUCAUCUGACUUCAGGUCAUAAGGUUGGAGCUGAGCAAAAACGUAACUCCGAUGUGUAUGAAAUUAUACGACGUACCCAUUUCUCAUCUGCCCUUGAUACAGAUCAGCCCCUAACAAUUCCAUCUCAUGAUCAGAUAUUUUGGUUCGGGGAUUUGAAUUAUCGUCUCAAUUUGUUGGAUGCCGAGGUUCGAAAGCUUGUUGCUUUAAAGCGCUGGGACAAACUAAUCAACUAUGAUCAGCUUCAUAAUGAACUGUGUAGUGGCCAUGUAUUUGAUGGAUGGAAAGAAGGGGUAAUAGACUUUCCUCCCACCUAUAAGUAUGAAAUGGACUCAGAUAGAUAUGUUGGUGAGAUCCCUAGAGAAGGAGAGAAGAAGAGAUCUCCGGCAUGGUGUGAUCGUAUACUCUGGUUAGGAAAAGGCAUAAAACAACUUUGUUACCAGCAAGCUGAAAUACGAUUCUCUGAUCAUCGACCCAUCAGUUCAACGUUUUUACUUGAAGUUGAAGUCUUGGACCAUCGGAAGUUGCAAAGGGUUCUCAAUGUUAGCACUGCUGCUGUUCAUCCUGACAUAUUCUUUAAUGAAAAUGAAGACUUUGAGCUUUAGCAGAAAAACCAGAAGCAGGAUACCAAAUAACACGACGAGAUGAAAGCAGGGUCUUUUUUUUGGGGGACAUGUUCCGAGAUGCCACAGGAGGAUUCAAUAACAUAGCACUACAGGAAAUGAGCAAGCUACUUUAUGUUCAAGAGAUGACAGUAGGAUAUUGAGUAGUUUGCAGUGGGAGUCAAACUAUUAUGAUAUAGAGUUAACUACAGCUUUAGAACUUGUCGUUUUAGUGGAGCUGGAAGUAUAGAAACUAAAAAUUCUUUUCUUCUUUUUGUCUUCUGUAUAUUAUAGUCACCUUUUAAGUUUAUAUUUCUACAAACUCCUCUUACAGCCCACAGAAAUUUUGCAGUAAUUUCAGCAUGUCUUGUAA